AUGCGAGAGUGGUGGGUUCAGGUGGGGCUCUUGGCUGUGCCCCUGCUCGCUGCGUACCUGCACAUCCCGCCCCCUCAGCUUUCCCCUGCCCUUCACGCAUGGAAGGCUUCAGGCAAAUUUUUCACCUACAAGGGACUGCGCAUCUUCUACCAAGACUCUGCAGGUGUGGUUGGAAGCCCGGAGAUAGUUGUGCUUUUACACGGCUUUCCAACAUCCAGCUAUGAUUGGUACAAGAUUUGGGAAGGUCUGACCUUGAGGUUUCAUCGAGUGAUUGCCCUUGAUUUCUUAGGCUUUGGCUUCAGUGACAAACCGAGACCACAUCACUACUCCAUAUUUGAGCAAGCCAGCAUCGUGGAAGCGCUUUUGCGGCAUCUGGGUCUCCAGAACCGUAGGAUCAACCUUUUGUCUCACGAUUAUGGAGAUAUUGUUGCUCAGGAGCUGCUCUAUAGGUACAAGCAGAAUCGAUCUGGGCGGCUUACCAUAAGGAGUCUGUGUCUGUCAAAUGGAGGUAUUUUUCCUGAGACUCACCAUCCUCUCCUUCUCCAAAAGCUACUCAAAGAUGGAGGCGUGCUGUCGCCCAUCCUCACACGGCUGAUGAACUUCUUUGUAUUCUCGAGAGGUCUCACCCCAGUCUUUGGGCCGUACACUCGGCCCUCCGAGAGCGAACUGUGGGACAUGUGGGCAGCGAUCCGCAACAAUGACGGGAACUUAGUCAUCGACAGUCUCUUACAGUACAUCAAUCAGCGGAAGAAGUUCAGAAGACGCUGGGUGGGAGCUCUUACCUCUGUAACUAUUCCCAUUCAUUUUAUCUAUGGGCCAUUGGAUCCUGUUAAUCCCUAUCCAGAGUUUUUGGAGCUAUACAGGAAAACGCUGCCGCGGUCCACAGUGUCGAUUCUGGAUGACCACAUUAGCCACUAUCCACAGCUAGAGGAUCCCAUGGGCUUCUUGAAUGCAUAUAUGGGCUUCAUCAACUCCUUCUGAGCUGGAAAGAGUAGCUGCCCUGUAUUCCCUCCCCUACUCCCUUAUCUGUUGUGUAUUCCACUUAGGAAGAAAUGCCCAAAAGAGGUCCUGGCCAUCAAACACUAUUCUCUCAAAGAAGUCCACUUUACUCACCUUGGUGAACAGUAUAUAGGAAAAGGCCAGCAGGAGCUCCGACUAGGGGUUGACAUAAUAGUCUGCCUCCCAUUCCUUUGACGUCUGAUCAGAAGUGGAUGGAUUUGAUUUUUGUCUUUGUGUUAUUAGGAAAUUCUGAUGAGCAUUGCUACUCACUGAUGCAGAAAGACAUUCUUUUGCAUAAAAGACUUUUU